AUCUUGUUGAAAGCCAAAGUGGAAGAGCAAACUUUUCAAAGACAACAUGAAUCACUAAGCAGUGAGACUAUAACAAAGUGUAUAGGCAACUGUGCUCUCAAAAUUAUUCAGAGUUAACUAUUUCAUCAUUUAAGAAUUAUGACCAAGGAAGAAGCUUACCGGGAAGAAUUUAGCUAUGACAGAAUGCCGACUUUGGAGCGUGGGAAACAAGAGAAUGGAAAUUAUGUUCCGGAUACUAAAUCUAGUGACCUUCAGCUAUCAAAAAGAUUUCACCCUUGCAUUGUUUAUAGAACAUGGAUCUAUUCUUUGCUGAUGGGAACUUGCAUACUUGUGACGUCUGGAUUUUCACUUUAUUUGGGGAAUGUUUUUCCAUCUGAAAUGGAUUACCUGCGCAGUGCAGCAGGUUCAUGUAUUCCUUCAGCAGCUGUGAGUUUUGCCAUAGCAAGAAACAAAAUUAAUGUGAUACCCAAUUUUCAGAUUCUGUUUGUAUCCACAUUUGCGGUUACAACAACAUGCUUAGUUUGGUUUGGAUGUAAACUUAUCCUGAAUCCUACUGCAAUAAAUAUAAAUUUCAACUUGAUUCUCCUAAUUCUACUGGAAAUUUUCAUGGCAACUAAUGUAAUAAUUUCAGCUAGGUCAAAUGAGGAGUGCUGCAGAAGGAAGAAAACAACUAUGUAUGAUAGCACCAGCACAUUGAAUAACAUCACCUUUCCAACGCGUAUCCUAAAAUCCUAUUCGGUAAUUGAAGUGAUUAUUGGAAUUUCUUCUGUGUUUGGUGGAAUAAUCGCUUUGAAUAUGGACGUGCUAGUUCCAGGCCCAUAUCUUUCCGUAACUUUCUUUUGGAUCUUAGUAGCGUGUUUUCCCAGUGCCAUUGCAAGCCAUGUUGCUGCUGAAUAUCCAAGUAAAUGCUUGGUAGAAGUCCUGAUUGCCAUAAGCAGUGUUACAUCUCCAUUGUUAUUCACAGCUUCAGGAUAUUUGUCCUUCAGUAUAAUGCGCACUGUUGACAUCUUUAAAAACUACCCACCAGCAGUUCAACAAUCUUACGAUGUGCUACUCCUACUUCUAAUGCUGAUGCUGUUAAUUCAAGCUUUCCUGACCACUGGUACUGUCAUCCUGUGUGUAAGUUUCAAAGCAAAAAUGCAGAUGCAUGAUUUACUAUGGGCUGUGCCACCAAAACAAGGGUACAAAACAGCAGAGGUUUCCAGUAACAGCAUGAAAGAUUUUGACAAAGAGAAGGCAUGGAAAGCUGUUGUAGUGCAGAUGGCUCAGUAAUCUGGACUUGAGAAAUUGAACCAAGAAAACUGUUAAAUUAGGGCACGUUAAUUUUUGCAUUUGGAAUUGCUGUGGUCAUGGUCUCAGAGCAACUUAUUUCAUAGCAUCCCCACUAAAUAAUUCAAAGUGGUUUCAAAAUAGCAGGAUAUUCGCAAUAAACAAUUGCAUCUUUCUUGAAAGUAAUGCAGCUUGUUCCAGUAGAGUGUGCAUCUGACUGUAGUUUAUUAAAACUGUAGUAUGUUUUAUUAGUAAAGAAGCUUUACAGCAGUGACACAGUAAAUAGAAAUUAAGACCAUCCGAACAGUAAAAUACACUGCAUAUACUCGUCUAUAAGUCUAAAAAUUUAUGCCCAAAAAUUGACCCCAAAAUCUCGGGUCGAUUUAUUUAGGGGUCAAUAUAGUAAUGUAAUAGCAGUUCUUUCAGAUUUCCCCAUGCAGUGGGAAGAUAGUCUCUUUUUCUCUGGAGCCAAACAGAAAGAGUCCUAAGUGAUUAAUUGCUUUUAAACAAAUAAACGGAGUCCCUCUCCUACUUGCUGUCUGAGGAGUGAAGGACGAAACGAAAGUUGAAACAAUGAAGCAAAAAGCCUCAGUUAGAUUCUCUUUUGCUGCAUGCACACAGACACACACUGAAGGAGCCUCCAAGUUUUACCCUUGACCUAUCCACGGUUCAUGGCAAAAUCCAUAAUUUUGGCCCCAAAACCUGUCCUCGAUUUAUACAUGAGGUCAACUUAUAAUCGAGUAUAUAAGGUAUGUGGUUAUGUGGUAUUUCUAAAGAUAUUAAUAUAAUUGCCAGUAUUCAGUUGGUGUAAUAAUUUAACCCUCACCCAGUUGGAUUAAAAAAAAACUUUUAUGAAUGACUUCUUUGGUAUUUUCUGAAUCCAAUAUAUUGUAGGGUAUAAAAACACUUCAUGUUUGUGGGUGUAGGAAAAAAAGGUAUUGGAGAAUGUGCAAACAUCCAGAGCCAGAAAACGGAUAUCCACAUGGGAUAGAACGUUUGUUUUAACUAGCUGCCAGGCCUUGUUUUUUGCAAAAAUGUAACCAACAUAAUUUUUCUGCUUUAAAACAACUACCACAUUCCUUUGAUAUCACCCCAGCAUAGGAAACAAAUAUUAAUCCUGAAGGAACAUUAUUGGUGUUAUUUAUUUGCAGGAAACCCUAGCGUUAAAGAUAGUAUAGGAUUAUUUUCAAGUGUAAUAACAAAAAAUCUAUUUAGGGAAGUGUCUCCCAUGAAAUCCAACUUUGUGCAUUGAUACAUGAUGCAUGUCAUUUCAGUGUUGCAGUGGUCCUUGGAAAGAAAUUUCCCACAUUUGAUUCAUCUGCCUACUGCAAAAGUAACAGCUGGGUGGAGUUGCUAUAGUUUAUUCUACUAACAUCCAUUAAGUCUUUAGUUAGCAGACCAAGUUUCUACUUCAAGACUGGUAAAAAAUUGUGCAACAGCAUAUUUCAUCCAGUGCAGAAGUAUUGUUUAACCAGUGUUGUCACCACAGUGUAACCAACAUGUGCUCCAUGUGGUGAACCAGGCUUCGUGAUAUGAUAAAUAUCUCCCUUGGGAGAAUUGUGGUUUUUAAGCAUUACAACAACACCACCUUUUUAUUUCACAUUUGAUUGAUUUAUUUGUCAUAUACUGCCAGAAUGUACAUUUACCUCUGAACUCAACCACCUGCUUAUCAAUGGUUGGUUCCUUUCUUGGUCUGAACUAUUUUUGAAGUUGUUCAGCAGAGUCCCUGUGUCUCAGAAGGCAUCUAGUUUAUCAAUGACAGUGCUUCAUUCUUAUUUUCAUAUUGAACAUCAAGUAGCUUAUUCAUAAAAUUCUGAUGGAGAAGCGGGAUAAAAAUAAAUUAUUAUUAUUAUUAAACAUCUUCAGCUUCACCAUUGUUUAAAGGGGCAGCUUUCCAAUGCUACCUGUCAUCGUUCCUAAAAGGCUUCUUGUCUGUGAUGCACCCCUACCAGGAGCGAUAGACCAAUGUAUGUCUUCAGCUCAAUGGUGUCAAGUGCUUUCACACUGACUUUCAUAGAGUUCCUCUCGUUCCAUGUCCUGAAUACUAAUUGCACUGAUCUAUUUGUUUAAUGAAUUCUGUAGGAUAAAGGAUGCUUUAUGUGAGGAUUUGUUCAAAGGUUUCUGUUAGUGUUUCCUCAUUUGUAUCCUUCUAUGCCCCUGUACCUUAAUAACUUAUGUUUCUAGAUGUUGUGCAGAUGUGUCUGUAGAUGUUUACACCAGAUGUUUCCAUUCCUGCCUUUCAUGACAUGAAUAGCCACACUUGGGUCUGUUACAGACUACCAAAAUAAAGCUGCUUCGGAUC